AUGUACUCUGAAUAUGCUAGAUUUGUUCGUAAAUUUGUUUUCACGCCCGUAGGCCAUCAAUUUCAACGGAUCUUACCACAAAAAAAGAAUUUUUUAAACAGAGAUAAAACAGUAAAACCAUUUAUACAAUUGAAUCGUGGAAAAUUUAUUGUGGCAGCUACAAUUGGUGGAAGUACACUUGCAGUAUUAAUAAAAUUGUACAUAAAUUUUUCUCAAUACGAUGUAAUUUCACCUGAUAAAUUUAUUCCUUUAACUAUAAAUAAAAUAACUCCAGUUAAUCAUAACACGAGUAUUUUUCGGUUGAAAUUUCCGAAACCACUAAAAGAAACAUUACCAAUUACAUCUUGUUUUCAUAUCAAAGAUGAUUCAAUACAGAUCGUUCGCGAGUAUACACCCAUAUCUCCAACCGAUGAAAGAAAUUAUAUUGAAUUUUUAAUCAAGAGAUAUAACGAAGGAUACCUAUCACGAUAUAUUCAUUCCUUAAAGGAGGGUAAUAUUGUGGAGGUGAGAGGUCCAAUAUUGACCUUUCCUUAUACACCAAACAUGAAAACACAUAUUGGAAUGAUAUGUGGUGGAACCGGAAUAACCCCAAUGUAUCAAUUAAUCAAACAUAUUCUGUCUAAUCCUGAUGAUAAAACAAAAUUAUAUAUGAUAUAUGCAAAUGUCACCAAACAAGAUAUUCUCCUUCUUCAAGAAUUAGACCAAUUAUCUCAAGAAAAUCCAGAUCAAUUAAAAAUCUUUUACACUCUGGAUCAACCUCCUGACGAUGAAUUAUGGACGCAAGGAGUUGGAUAUGUAUCUCAGAAAGCAAUUAAAAACCAUAUCCCUGGACCUCAAGAAGACGUGCUUGUACUCGUCUGUGGACCAGAUGGGAUGAUUCGAUACGUAAGUGGUGACAAGGCGAGAGAUUUAUCGCAAGGUCCUGUUGGUG